AUGGCCCGUACGAAACAGGGAGUUUUCUCAUGGGAGGAUGUGCUUCUUCAACGGUACCAAAGCAACAAACCCCCUCCACUCCCCCGCCAUCAAACAAUAGCAAUCCCCUCACCCCAACUCCAAAGCCGACUCCUCACCCGGCUAUCACCGGAACUUCGGUUAAUGAUCUGGGAAUUUGUCCUGGCCGACCAAAGAAUCCACAUAAUCCAAUGCACCAAGCAGCGACUCGGACACGUGGUGUGUGCAUGUGCGCUCGAGCCCAGGUCUUCACCAUUGCCAAGACACCACAAACACCAGAACAGCAAAUGUGAGAUCUGCCAUGGCACGGGCAUCUCCCAGCCGGCCAAAGAAGCCGAUCUUCUCCGCUGGAAUAAGGUUAAGCUACUGGGUCUGGCGUUGACUUGUCGACAGAUAUACCACGAAUCAAUCCCCUUCCUCUACACCCUCCCAACCCUAGAAUUCAGUAACCCCUGGACCCUCCCCUACCUCCUCCCAACAAUCCCACCUAGCCACCGCGACCGCAUUCGCAAAAUCGAGCUCCGCUGGUCCUUCCCAGGCCACUGGCUCCCGAGCAAAGACUCCGUGCGCGCGGUGUACGUCUCCGCCGGACGGACACAAUGGACAGAGACGUGUCGGGCCGUCUCGCAGCUACGGUCGUUGCGGUCAUUCGUGCUCGUGCUUGAGAGUAAUUGGUUCAGCGAGCCUGUUGAGAAAUUGGUUGGGUUUUUGGAGCCUUUGAGUGGGGUUGUUGUGAGGUCUGGGUCUGGGUCUGGGUUGAGACGGGAUUGGGAUCGGGAGCGGGAUUGUGGUGGUAAGAAGGAUUAUGUGGGUGUGGGUGUGGGUGUGGGUGUGGGUGUGGGUGUAGAUGUGGAGAUCGGGUUUCAGGAUGGGUUCAGUUCGGAUGAGGACUCUUGUAGGAGUUUGGGAUCGGAUUCUGGGUCGUUUUCUUCUGUUGGGGGUUAUGCUACGACUACGACUACAACUACAACUAUGGCUAGGGCUUCUGGGUCUCGGGGGAGUUGGGAGUUGAGACUUCAGGGUCAAUGUUAUUAUUCACAUGAAUUGGAUCGUAUAGGGGUGGAUCUUCGACGGAAGGGCAUCGACUGUUGGAUAUCAGCGGUGUGA